AUGUUAGUCUUCAUACACAUCUGUCUCGCUGCUGGUGCCCUGAAGCAUGGCACUCCUUCAAUUCCCAUCAUUCUUGGCAUGCUCGCGACCUCUUGUCUCCCCACCACGAUCGCUUCCAAUGUCGUUAUGACGCGCUCAGCCGGAGGCGAUGAAGCCGCAGCUGUUAUUUCUGUCGUCAUAGGCAACACCGUUGGGUCAUUUCUCACGCCAAUUCUGAUAUACGGUUUCAUCCCGCGAGAGUCCGUCUUUGAAGACUGGCGGCCUGCAGACCCGAGCACGCUGGGAGACAUGUACGCCAACGUGGCGAAGCAGCUGGGCUUGAGCGUCCUGUUGCCCCUGACAGUGGGCCAGGCGGUGAGGUGGUGGAAAGGAGAUGUGGUGGCCAAGGUCUUGAGGGUUACGAUGCUGGGGAAAUUGCCGAGCGUGUGUCUGAUCCUGCUGGUAUGGACGACGUUUUCUGGCGCGUUUGGCACUGGUGCUCUCUAUAAAUUAUCGAAAGCAGAUGUCAUUUUCAACGUUUUCAUUAACAUCGGCCUCUACAUCAUCUUCACUCUCAUCUGCUUCUACCUCGCCCGUCCACCCCAGUUCUUCGCCAGAUACAUCAACCCGCGCGUCACGAAGUCCCGUCUGCCGAAAAGAGCCCAGCGCAUAUUCACGGUGAAAAAGAUGUCCAAGGAGCAGACCAUUGCAGUUUGCUUCUGCGGAGCGGCUAAGACAACGAGUCUGGGUAUUCCUCUGGUGACGGCAAUGUGGAGCCAAGCCGAUGACUUGACGAGGGCGUUUAUCACUAUCCCGGUGUUGCUUUAUACGAUUGAGCAGGUGUUUAUGGCGCAAAUUUUGGUCUACUACUUUAAAUGGUACUUACGACGCGAUGGAAAAUCGAGCGGCGACGAUGUAGAAGCUGGCGAUGAAGCCCAAUCUGUGUCGCCGCAAGAGGAGGGUCAUGAAAGCGAUGCGACGGCUCAUGAUGGUGAGCAUGUGGAAAUAGUGCCAGUGGAAAGAUUUGAAAAGAAGGAUGUACAGACUGGAUAA